AGCCUGUCCAGUGGGGGCCGGCGCGUGAGCUUUUCCUUCUCCCGGACCGGUUCGCAGCGGCUGCGGCAGAUUGGACGAAGAGCGUCUGCGGGCUGGCGGCCACCCCCGGAGGACGCCGCGCAGGUCUGUUCCACGCGCACAGAGACGUGCGGCGAGAAUGCAUCGUUAUGUUCCUGUAAGCUAGGGCUUGAGCCACGCCACAUUUCUCCAGUAGUCCCCGCACCCGCCCCCUUUUUCUUUUUUUUUUUCUCCUUCUUUUUUAAAUCAAGCUGCAGGACCUUGAGAGCGCAAUCACCGCCUUGAUGGUUUCUGGACAGCAGCGCAGCGCACAGGCGACGGGCAGCGCUCCGCGCGGAUGAUAAAGAACUUGAGCAAAGGAAACGGUCAAGAUGGCAGCUGUGUGCGGACUGAUAACGCCGAUGUGGUGGCAUUAGGCUAAGUCUUUUUUUUUUUUAUUGUAUUUUUUUAUUUUUUAUUGUAUUUUUCUUUGGCAUGCACGCUUGCGGAAUCGCGGCGCAGGACGCGGGCGCGUGUAAAAGAAGACCCUCCGCCGACUCUCCCUCACUUUAGCCUGUUUGCGUUUCGUGAUAUUGCAAUGCGUGUUGGCCGGGGUGUGGGCCGUGCACGAGAAGAGCCAAUGCCGGUCAGCCCGAUCAGCUCCGUGUGCUGCGGAUAGACGCCUCGCGGGAGGGACAGAGAUACGGACACGUGCUGGGGGGGACUGCGGGCUGGACGCCGCGCGUGUACCGUGCAUAGUAAAAUACAAAACCGUCCGCGGAAGGCUGCACACAACAUUGAUGGAAUGCGACCCCGAGUGAUUUUAUAACCCCUUUUUUGUGCAACGAGCGAGAUAUUACGAAUUAACAUGGCUGAGGCUCCGCGCCACGGCGACGAGUCCCCCUCGAACGUGGAGAUAGAUCCGGAUUUCGAGCCCCAGAAGCGGCCGCGGUCCUGCACUUGGCCGCUGCCCCGUCCGGAGUCCGGCGCGGACAAGCCCGGAACAAAUGACACUGACGUAAUCCCCGAAGAAGAGGACGAUGAGCACGAGGGUGGCGACGCUCAGAAAGCCGGCGGCGACGGUGCUAAGUCUCGCGUGUCGAGCAGCAGCAGCGGCAGCGGCGGCGGCAGCGGCAGCAGCAGCGCCGUCUCCCAGCCGGUGGAGGUCCAGCGCGGCCCCUGCAAGGAGGAGGCCGCCGAUGGUUCUCCUUCCUCGGCGCAGACCCCCGCCGCGGCUCUGGGCGGCUCUGCCUCGCAGCAGCUGAGGAAGUCCUCCUCCCGCAGGAACGCCUGGGGCAACUACUCCUAUGCAGACCUCAUUACGCAAGCCAUCGAGAGCUCCCCCGAGAACAGGCUGACCUUGUCCCAAAUCUAUGACUGGAUGGUGAGGUCUGUGCCAUAUUUCAAGGACAAAGGCGACAGCAAUAGCUCUGCUGGCUGGAAGAACUCCAUCCGACACAAUCUGUCCCUACACAGCCGCUUCGUGAAAGUCCAGAAUGAAGGAACGGGGAAGAGCUCCUGGUGGAUGGUCAACCCUGAAGGUGGGAAAGGAGGCAAGGCUCCCCGACGACGGGCCGUAUCCAUGGAUAACAGCAAGUACAUCAAAGGAGCCCGAGGGCGCGCCACCAAGAAGAAAGCCUCUCUGCAGGCGGCUCAAGAAGGCAGCUCGGAGAGCUCCUCCAGCCUCUCCAAAUGGACAGGAAGUCCCACCUCCCGCAGCAGCGACGAGCUGGACGCCUGGACGGACUUCCGCUCCCGGACCAAUUCCAACGCCAGCACACUGAGCGGCCGUCUGUCCCCGAUCCUCGCCAACCUGGAGCUGGACGAGGUGCCCGACGGCGACUCGCCCCUCUCCCCGAUGCUGUACUCCAGCCCCAGCAGCAUGUCCCCGUCCACGGUGCCCGCGGGGCUCUCUGACCUGGCGGGCACCAUGAACCUCAACGACGGGCUCUCCGACAACCUGAUGGACGACCUUUUAGACAACAUCAGCCUGACGGCGUCCCAGCAGCCUCCUCCCGGAGAGGAAGGAAGCGUCGACGACGGCGAGGGGAGCUCAGUGUUUACCUUCAGCUGCUCGGGCAGCGGUCUGGGUAGCCCCGCCGGCAGCUACGGGCCGAGCCCCCUUUUCAGCCCGCCGUCCAUCACGAGCCUGCGUCAGUCGCCCAUGCAGACCAUCCAGGAGAACAAGCAGACCACCUUCUCCUGCAUCUCGCACUUCAGCGACCACCAGACCCUGCAGGACCUGCUCAACCUGGACUCCCACAGCCCCGGCAACGUCAUGCUCACGCAGUCCGACCCGCUGAUGUCGCAGGCCAGCACCGCCAUCGCCCUGCAGAACUCCCGCCGAAACGCCAUGCUGCUCCGCAAAGACCCGGCGUCGGCGAGACCCGCCGGCGCCGGCGAGGCCCAAAGCUCUCCAGUGCCUGGUUGGCAAGCUGGCUUGUCGACCUCUGACAAAGACGCCGCCGCCAAGCCGCCGCACCUGAAGUCUCCCAGCAAGAACGCCUCUAUGCAGCUCGGCUCCGGUUUGUCCGGCGAUCUGGACCUCGAUGUGUUCAACGGCAGUCUGGAGUGCGACAUGGACUCCAUCAUCCGCAAUGAACUGAUGGACGCAGACUGCCUGGACCUCAGCUUCGACUCUCGCCUCACCUCCGCUCAGAACGCCAACAGGAAUCCAGGAAGCUUCUCGAAACAGACCUCGCCUCACAGCUGGGUGCCAAGCUGAGGAGCUCGGUCAUGAGCGGCG